GAGGGGCGCAAACUGAUGACGCGCAAGCGCGCGCUGUGAGCUGAACAGCAUGGCGUCGGUGGCACUAAGCGAAGCUGAGAAGGUUUACAUCGUUCAUGGAGUACAGGAAGACCUUCGGGUAGAUGGCCGUGGCUGUGAGGACUACCGAUGUGUUGAAGUAGAGACUGAUGUAGUGUCUAACACCAAUGGGUCUGCCCGAGUCAAGCUGGGUCAUACAGACAUCUUGGUGGGAGUGAAAGCAGAAAUGGGGACACCGAAGCUGGAGAAACCAAAUGAAGGCUACCUGGAGUUCUUUGUUGACUGUUCAGCCAAUGCUACCCCAGAAUUUGAGGGGCGAGGAGGUGAUGACCUUGGCACAGAGAUCGCUAACACCCUCUACCGGAUAUUUAACAACAAGAGCAGCGUAGACCUGCAGUCGCUCUGCAUCAGUCCUCGGGAGCACUGCUGGGUUCUCUGUGUGGAUGUGCUGCUGCUGGAAUGUGGUGGGAAUUUGUUUGAUGCUAUUUCCAUUGCUGUGAAGGCUGCUCUCUUCAAUACGAGGAUACCAAGGGUUCGUGUUCUGGAGGAUGAAGAGGGGGCAAAGGACAUUGAACUGUCUGAUGAUCCUUAUGACUGCAUCCGACUGAGUGUGGAGAAUGUCCCCUGCAUUGUCACCCUGUGCAAGAUUGGCUGCCGGCAUGUGGUGGAUGCCACACUUCAAGAGGAAGCCUGCUCCUUGGCCAGUCUGCUAGUGUCAGUGACCAGCAAGGGAGUUGUGACGUGCAUGAGGAAGGUGGGGAAGGGAAGCCUGGAUCCUGAGAGCAUCUUUGAGAUGAUGGAGAGCAGCAAGCGAGUGGGCAAGGUGCUACACAUGUCCUUGCAGAGCAUUCUACACAAGGAAGAAAGCCUGGGGCCCAAGAGACCGAAAGUCGGGUUCCUGGGAUGAUUUGUCAUCACUCCUGUGGUGGACAUUGGUUAUUUCACUUCUCCAAUGAGACUGGUUUGUAUAUAUUUUUCUUAAUUGUUAAAAUGUUAAGUCAACAUUUGUACGUGUGAAAAUAAAGUCUUUUUUCUGGUUUGGUUUGGUAUUA